AGUGAGUGUGGGUGGCGGCGGCGGCGGAGGCGAGGAGUCUGGGUGUAAUGGCUGCCAUGGUAUGAAAUUACCGAGGAUGGACGAGGCUUCGAGUCAAAACCAGCUGGGAGGGAGCGGCGGUCCGGCUGGUGUGGCCAACAGACAAAACCUAGAGGAACCCAGCCAGCGGGUGCAGUACUCCAUCCCGGGAAUACUGCACUUUAUACAGCAUGAGUGGGCCAGAUUUGAGAUGGAGCGCUCGCAGUGGGAGCUGGAAAGGGCGGAACUUCAGGCUAAGAUUGCAUUCCUCAAUGGAGAGAGGAAAGGGCAAGAAAACCUCAAAAACGACCUUGUCAGAAGAAUUAAAAUGCUUGAAUACGCAUUAAAACAAGAAAGAGCUAAAUAUCACAAGCUUAAAUAUGGGACAGAUUUAGUACAAGGGGACAUGAACCCACCAGUUGAAGAGGGUGGUGAGGAAGUGCGGGUAGACACCGACGCUUUACUAUCUACAAAUACAAAUGUGUCGUGGAAGCAGUCUAGACAUCUACUUAGACAGUAUCUACAAGAGAUUGGAUAUACCGAUACAAUCAUAGACCUUCGAAGUAAUAGAGUAAGAUCAUUGUUAGGCAUUAGCAGUGGAGAAAAUGAAGAAAACCAUAACACUCCCGCCAUGAAUGGCUCCGACACAACCAAACGACAACCGGACUCCAAUAGAUGGAAUGUUCCUAAAAAGCCUCAGUCAUCACUGGAGGCGCAGAUACGUGAUGCAGAGAAAGCUGUCAUGGAUAACUUUGACUUCUUACAAGGUGAAGACUAUUUGGCAGGAAUGGAAGUAGAUGACGACGAUGAGGAGGAGGAGCCAGAGGAAGAGGAGGAUGUACCUAGACUUAAGAGCCCCAAGGUGGCAAAAGUGGCUAUAGAAGUUGAUGACGUGGAUGGGGAAUCUGUGGAACUUGACCACGAGUUUCGCUUUCUACCUGAAAUGGAGGACACUUCUCCUGGUGUUUUGGGGUUUGGUCCAGGACCCCGGCGGGCAUAUGUUGGAGGUCCUGGGGGAGAGGAGGAUGCAUUGGAAGGUCUUGGAGAACUAGCUCAGCUGACGGUAACCAAUGAAGCUGAUGCUACCUACGAUAUUUCAUCAACCAAAGAGAACUUCCGGAAGACCUGGACAGCCAAGUAUACAUUACGAUCACAUUUUGAUGGUGUACGAGCGCUGUGUUUUCACCCGCAAGAACCUACUCUCAUUACUGCCUCUGAGGAUGCUACGCUUAAACUAUGGAACCUUCAGAAAACCGUUCCAGCUAAGAAAUCAGCUUCUUUGGAUGUCGAGCCAGUUUACACCUUUCGUGGUCACCUCGGUUCUGUUCUUUGUUUGGCAAUGAACAGUGAUGGGGAGAAGUGCUACUCAGGAGGCAUCGAUGGCACCAUUCGCAUCUGGAAUAUCCCCUCCUCCAAUAUUGACCCUUAUGAUUCUUAUGAACCAAGUGUGGUUGGAGGAAGUUUAUCUGGUCACACCGAUGCAGUUUGGGGUCUGACUUUCCAUCCACAACGCCAACAUCUUCUCUCAUGUGCGGCAGAUUCUACCGUUAGAUUGUGGUCUGCAGAUCCCCGCUCACCAUUGCUGUCUACCUAUGCUGUUGAAAAAGAUGGCAUCCCCACCUCGGUGGACUUCGUGUAUGAAUCCAGCAACCAGUUUGUGUGCAGCUUCAACACAGCUAACUGCGUUAUAUUCGACCUGGAGACUGGCAAACCAAUCAUGCGUCUUGAUACUGAACCUGAUCAAGGCAGCAACUCUAUUAACCGACAAAUCAAUAGAGUUGUGUCCCACCCUACUCUGCCACUGACCAUCACAGGUCACGAGGAUCGUCACAUUCGGUUCUGGGAUAACAACAGUGGACGUUUAGUUCAAUCUAUGGUAGCACACCUGGACUCUGUUACUUCAUUGGCUGUUGAUCCAAAUGGUCUCUACCUCCUCUCAGGCAGCCAUGACUGCAGUAUUCGCUUGUGGCAGCUGGACAGCAAGCAAUGUGUUCAGGAGAUCACAGCCCACAGGAAGAAGUUCGAUGAAAGCAUAUUUGAUGUGGCCUUCCAUCCUAGCAAGCCCUUCAUUGCCAGUGCAGGUGCAGAUGCCCUGGCCAAAGUCUUUGUCUGAUCAUAGAGUGACUCCAGUAGACUGAGUCCCAAGUCCAAACCCCAAGUCACUGCUGGAGGAGCAGAUUGCAGGGCUGCAGUAUUCCUCUAAUGCCUCAGACUUUGGUUGUGCAGAAGAUCUGUAAGAGUGCUGUGUUAACGGUGAUGUGAACAGUACUUGAGUAUCCACUUGGGAGUUUGAGACCUGAUUUUAAUAUUAGUUUCCUUUCCCAGAAGACCUUAUUGAGUAAUUUAUAAGCAUUUUAACUGAAGUGGUUUUCAUUAUUUAUCUUAAUUAAAAUUAACUCACCAUUGGAAACUUUGGUUAGAUUAAACUAAGCCACUUCUGGUCUCAGACUUUCACCCUGAUAAUCUUUACAAUGCUCUCUCAGCCAAUGCAGUGAAUAGCUGAUCCAAAUUUGAAGUCAUUCUGAGCCAUAGUAAUACUUUGUUCAGCUGGUUCUGGAUUAUGGUUGAUAUCCUUGUGUUAAACUGAUUGCCUAGAUUACUUGAUAACUUACAAAGAGCCAAUUGACUUCAGAAUCACUUUUCAAAAGUAUUUUUUAUAACCUUGUGGAAAUGUACAGAAUUUUGGGCUUACUGUGGUAGCCCAGAAUCAGCUCAAGCCGUAAUACUCUAAUUUAAGCCGGAUUCCACCCAAGAAUUUAUGGCUACAGUACACUUAACAGAUUCAUAUUGGUGCACAUGAAACCCUCUGUAGCCGACAGUGACCGACUUUGUUAAUUCCUCGUAUUUGUGGUAACAUUAUAUGGAGGUACCACUACCAUAAGUUGAAAGAGAAUGUUGUUGAAAUUAUGCAAGUAUUGAAAGUAUUUGUGUGAAUGCCGUGGAUGUGUUAUGCUUGGUGGUAUCUUUGUAAGGCAGACUGAAAGAACCCAUGAGGGUUUUUUUCUUCUUUUUUUUUCUUUUUUUUUUUUUAAGGAAAAAAAAUGAAUUGUAAUCACUAAUAGAGAAUCAGAAUUCAGCGAGAUUCUCCUGGUGAAGCAGAUACAAUUCUUGACUAGUCUUUAAAGGGUUAACGUGGAAGUUACCCUGUGGUUUAAGAAUACUGGCUUGCAUGCAGACUCUAAUCAUGGGAUGGUUUACAUUCUUAUAUUUAUCUGUAAAUAAGACAGUUCACUUCUUGCUCAUAUAAGUAGGCAUAUUCUUUGCCAAAUGUUGCUGGGAAAAUAGUUAGUCUUGUUAUCAAAACAGAAGACUAUAAAUAAGUUACAACUACUGUAUAAAUUAAGAACAAUUAAUACACAAAGGGUGAUGAAGCCCUUUGACUGGUGAUUUAAAUACUACAUGAAUAGUGACAGCACAGGUUUGUUGGAUCUGAGCAGCCACUUGGGUCAGGCAUGUUGCAUUACGAUCCAUGACAUAAUGGUUCGGUGCAGGCAUUAUUUAAGUUGAUUACUUGUAGAGAGAAUACUCUUAAACAAGUUCAAGAGCUGUAAAUUAUCUAGAAAUGAAUGUUACUGAAGAAGCGUUUAUUUUUAUAUAUUUUUAUAUACAAAACGGGUUAUUUUCCCAUCAGCACUUGGUUGAACCCACCACCCUCAUUGCAGUUUUCAUCAGCAUUAAUUUCAUUAUAUGUGAUGGCUUCAGAUUUUGAGCCUUGGAUAAAUUUAUUAAAAUGAAUUUGUUAUGGUAUACAUGUAAUAACAAAUUAUAUUUUUAAUCCAGUACUAACAAACUACUGUACAGUCACUACUUGGUAAUGUUGUUAACACUGCAGUAUCAUGUCAGGUAGAAAGGAAUAAGAUUAAGAAAAACAUGUUUUUUCAUGCUCCACGAGAACAAAACCAGUUUUAAUUCUUUUACAAUACAAAAACAUGUUAUAAAAUAUUUUAAUUUUAUUACCUAUUUAUUUUUCUUUCUUGUAUAUGAAUCCUUUCAUAUGUGUGUAUUUGGCAUGCGUAUUUGUUUGGAUAAUUCCACAAUCCCUGUACAGUAAUAUUUUAGUUUAGAAAAUAUUCCCAUUAUGUAUUUGGCUGUAUUUGAGAGGAGGCUGACUGACCUCUGCAAGAGUGACCAUGCUUCCUUAGGCCUUCAAAACAUUUUGGGUUAAUGCAGGCCUAGAUAGAAAAGUGCUUGUACCUUCACUUUGCAUCUCUUGUGUACUGUAAGAUUUUAUUGUUCGUCUUCCCUUUCCUAUAAUUGCAUUUUUGCAUAUUUAUAUUGAUAUUUUUCACUAAUGCCCUAAUGCAAGUUAUUUGUACAGUGCAUGAGUUUUAUAAGAGAUUGAGUGGUAGUGUUGGAAUACGGAUGAUCGAGUAUGAGGAUGGGGACACUGAGUAAGGGAGGAGAAGAGUGAUGCUUACAAAGCAUUGCACGAGCCACCCUGCUGGAAACUGAACAACAAAUAUGAUCUGGAUGAAAAUCUGUAAACUUUUUCUCUUCUGUUCUAUUUUCUCAAUUACUGUGUUCUCCAGCUGGAACAAUCUAAUUGGGACCGACUCCCUUCCGUUUCAUCCUAACUUCCGCUCCAUCCUGUGUCAACACAGGCUCAUUCAUUUUUGACAGUUUUAUUUUAUUUUACUUUAUCAGAAGUAAACAACAUGAAUCUACCCACAUUUUAACAAAUUCAUAAUAUUAAAACCAUGUUGUAAUACAGCUGUAGAAUCAGAAAUAAACAUGAUAAGAGUACUGUA